AUGCGCUUUACGAACGAAAAUAUCAAGGACCCUAAUUAUCCACGCCUUGUCCGCACCAUGGAAACUCUGCAGAUUGUUUCAGUCCAAGUGAAAGAAAUAACCGGUGGGUUACAGUGGCCAUUGGAUGUCUAUGGGUUUGUCGCAGUGCGUGAUGUGAUGGAUCGCAAACGCAAUAUGGUUUUCAACCGUGAAAGGGAGGACUGCCAAAGUAUCAAUGAACAGGAUUCGUGCCUAAAACUGACCGGUCCUACCCGUGGUGUUGUCAUGACGGUUGAUCCUUCGUAUUUGGAGGCUAGGCUCAAAGUGAGAGGUGCUACUGAAUCUGAGGACAAAGAUUUGAGCAAAUUUGUUAAGACGUACAGGUUAGGCUGCUACCUUCCUAUCAAGCACCCUGGCAAGCUUUGCACACUGGAGCUGCAGCAUUACACUGUCUCGUUUAGUUGA